UCUUAAACCCUUCGAGCUCUGGAUUUGGGUUCGACUCUUAGAGUAUUUAUGUCAACAGAAAGCACAUCUACACAUAUCCAUUCGACGGAGAAUGGAUGAAUAUGCUGCAAGAUAACAAUCACCAGGAGACAUGCAUGAAAAUUACAAUCAGCUUUUCCAGAGAGAAAUGCAUGGUAUCUACACACUCUCACUUUCGCCGUUCUGGACGAUCACGUCGCAGCCACCUGAGAACCCAGCACAGGAUCACAGACUUUAUUUGGGUAACCAAGUUUUCUCGGCUAUCCCUCUUCCCGCGGUCUUUCUUGUGAUAUUCGCUUUUGAAGUAAGGUUCUAGCAACGAGCUCAGGACUGACCUUCUGGCUCACGUAGAUUGACUCUAGGAAAAAUAUGACCAUGGUGCCUUGCGCACAGUGCGUCUCUAUACCUAUAUAUGGUCACUAGCUGGAUUAUAUGGCUUCACAAAAGUAGCAAAUUUAACGUCAGGGCUUUUGGUGUCUAGGUGACUUCAGAUGGACUUGCUCGCCUGUCCUACGUACUGUGUAGAAAAGCGUCUUUUGUGAACUAUUGCUGGAUGAGUCCUGGCAAGAAAUAAAAUAGCAUUUUUUGAU